AUGUUUUUUUGGCUUAUGUGCUAUCUUGUGGAUGUGUGGCUGAUUUCUGCCUCAGAUGUGGGCCACUGUCCUGACCCCUUGCUGGUGACUGAUGAGUUCAGUUCCUUGGAACCUGUCAAUGUGAAUGACACUAUCAUGUUUAAAUGCAACGAGCAUUGCAUCCUCAAGGGCAGCAAUUGGAGCCAGUGCCGAGAAGACCACACCUGGUUGACUCACGUUCCUGUCUGCAAAAGCAGAGACUGUGGCCAUCCUGAGACUCCAACUCAUGGCUAUUUUGAAGGAAGAGAUUUCAAGUCAGGAUCUACCAUCACUUAUUACUGUGAAGCAAGGUACCGCCUGGUGGGCACACAGCACCAACAGUGUAUCGAUGGGGAGUGGACCAGUACCCCUCCCAUCUGUGAGUUGAUCCAAGAAGCUCCCAAACCAGCUGAGUUAGAGUUGGAGAAGGCAUUUCUUGCCUUUCAGGAGAGUAAGGAACUUUGCAAAGCCAUAAAGAAAUUUACACAAAGAUUAAAGAAAAGUGAUUUAACAGUGGAGAAAGUAAAAUAUUUUCUGGAAAGAAAGAAGGCCAAGUUGAAGGCAAAAAUGUUGCCCUGA